UGACUUAUUAGCGGUGCUCAAACCCCGACUCACUGAGCCUUCAUCUCAUGUGCAUUCCUAGCCCAAGGGCGGUGUCAUUUGGGUUACUGGUGAAAACCUCCAGGAAUCUGGUACCUAACCUAUAUCAUCACUUAGUAGGCUCGGAGAGAGCUCGUAACCGCAAAUGCCUCAUGCAACCAUUGCUACCCAGGAGAUGGAGAUUACUCCCUUUGUCCACGAGCCCGGGAAGAAGGCAAAUUUUGGAGCUACCGUCACGGGAGCAGACUUGAACAGCCUCGACGAGUCUUCUUUUCAGGCACUGAGGCAAGCAGUAUACGAGCACGGCGUGGUUGUCGUGAAGGCCCAGCACGAUCUGAUUCCAGCCAAGCAAUCCGACCUCAUCAAGCGCUUUGAUCCCGAGGCUCGCGCUCAGCAUGGCUUUGGUGCCGGCAAAGGAUCGAAGCUCGUCGGCUUCCUCGGCGUGAGAGUUUUUCCUUUCUUUCGAGAAACAGCUUUUGCUUCUCUUCUCGUCUCUCGGACUGACCUCCUUUUUGUUGGACAGGACAUGCCGUUCCACGCGAUCCCGGAUUCCGGAGGCGUGAACCUGGUCGGCCACGGAUACCAAGGCGACGACCACUACGGACUCAAGAAUCUCACGGUCCGAGCGAUCCCCCAGUCCAAACUCCAUGCCACGCCCCUUUCUCCAGAAGAGCUGGCAAGCGGCCAGACGCGAUUCAACUCGUUCCAUUUCGACGGCGCCAUCUACGGAGCACCUCCUUCGCGAGUCACUUCGAUGCGCUGCGUCAAGGCUCCCGUGGGGCCCGAGCUGACGGUCCGCUGGGACGACGGAUCCGGUCGUACCAUGAACUGCAAGGCCGGCGGAACGGCGUUUCUCAGCGGUGCUCAACUCUACAGCCUCCUGUCGGACGACGAGAAGAAGCUGGCCGACCACAGUUUCUGGGAACCUGCGCCGCACCCCUUUGCGUGGAUGGGCACCCGAAGAUUACGCUCGUCAGGCAUGGGCCUAGCUCCUGGCGGUCAGACGAUCCCCCUGCACGAAUUGCCCGAGUGGACCCCAGACAAGGUGUACAAGUUCCCCAUGGUCUGGGUGAACCUGGUCACCGGAGAAAAGGCGCUGCAGAUUUUCCCGGACAUCAUACGCAAGCUCUACCUCCGAGACUCGCCAACCGCGUCCGAAAGGGUCGUUGAAGAUCUCGAAGAAAUCCGCAGCUGGGUCAAUGAUAUCUACGACAGAAUCGCGACACCAGAAUACAUCAUCAUCCCCGAGGCUGAAGAAGGUGACGUGAUAAUAUGGAACAACUGGGCCGUUCAACAUAGCGCUAUUGAGUACCCGGAUAGCUAUGGCACCAGAUCGAGUACGGCAGCCUCCUCUGCUGAACCAUCCAAGGCUGACUGCUCACAGUGCACCAAUUCCACAUUGCUUCGAGCACACUGCCCGUUGGGCCUGUCGUUGCAGCAUAAGCCGCUCUUGUGCUGUUCUAGUCUAGUAGGAGCAUGGAUAGAUCGGCAUCUGAAAUGUUGUUCUGCGGAUUAGUACUACGGGUGAAAGCAUGUCUUCCAUUGAGAAAGCGUCAGCGAACUCUCCGCUGUUAGGCAUGUCGAAAUGAAACUAACACCUUGGCCCAUCUGAGCCUGAG